AUGGGGCAGAUUCAGGCGACAAGAAAGGCCAUGGGAGAGAAAGAUCCAGUUGCACCAGGCACCACCAAGGGCGAAACCCCGAGGCUGAAGAUCAUUGACCAAGCUUUGAGGCAGCAAAGGGCAUUCCAGCAAAUGAGCAUGAUGGAAACUCAUCCAUGGAGACCUCAGCAUGGCCUUCCCAAGCGCUCAGUUUCUGUUCUUCGUGCUUGGCUCUUUGAGCAUUUCCUCCAUCCUUACCCAAGCGACGUUGAUAAACAUAUUCUAGCCCGCCAAACUGGCCUAUCGAGAAGCCAGGUUUCAAACUGGUUUAUCAAUGCAAGGGUUCGUCUAGCAGAAGAAGAAUGCUUGGGGCGAGUGAUGGACACAUUUGGAUCGGUGGAGCUUGAUUUCUCUUCAUACACCCAGCAGCAGCAGCAACAGCAGGGUUUCAAUGAGGUUUCUUUGACUCUAGGGUUACAACAGCACCGUGGAAGCGGGGUGAGCCUGGCGUUCCCUCCUCCUCCGGCAAGGGCUGGAAUUAUAGAUGUUCACUUUUUACCUUUCAAUCCUGUUGACAAGAGAACUGCUCUGACUUACAUUGAUGCUGAUGGAAACUGGCACCGUGCAAGCAAAGGCGCUCCAGAGCAGAAAAUAACGGCGGUUUGA